CUCUGACUUCUGCUCACCGACUCUUGCAGUGAGACUGGCAUUUCAGUAUGCGCGCUUUAUUCUCAUCCUCACCCUGGCAUCCCAGAGCCUUCGUGUUGCUCGUCUCGUGCGCCCGCGACUUCCAGUAAACCGAGCGCUUACAGCCGGUUUUACUCUUCCCCUCCUCCCCCACCGGCUAGCCACGUAUUCUCUGGGCCUCGCGUGAUUGAUUGCUCGAGCUGGUCUCGUUGCGAUUAUUUAUCCCGGGUGAAACCAGCUGCAAAUCACUUAGUUUCUGGUCUUGAAUCAUCACCGAGUUCUUCGCGAUGGCGUCCACGAUAUGAUAUGCUGAGGCACGAGUGAUUGUUGACCGGGGCAUUGACUAGCCCACCCUCAUUGCUUUUUCUUGAUUAAUCCUUCUACUAAAUAUCUAAUCGACUCUGAGCCCGUCAUGGCCAGAAUCAAACCGGGAGUCUUCUCGUGGGAGGAUGUGCUGGCACAGCGGUAUCAAAACAACAAACCCACCGCCCUCCCUCGACCCCGAAAACACCCUCUCAAUCGCUCCCAACCCCAGAAGCAGCAGCAGCAGCAACAAGACACCCGACUCGUCUGGUCCGCGCAGCCCAACUGCCCCCUCCUGAGCUCCCUCUCCGCCGAGCUGCGCCUCAUGAUCUGGGAACUGGUCCUCGGCGGAAUGCGCAUCCAUAUCGUGCAGCGGCCGAAUCGCCGCAUGGGCCACGUCGUGUGUCCGCGCACCAAGGCCUGCGAGAUCUGUCGCGGCGGGCUGCCUUCGCGGGAGGGAGAUAGGAAAUUAUUGGGGUUGGUGAUGGCUUGUAAGCAGAUAUAUUCGGAAUCCCUCCACCUCCUCUACACCCACAACACCUUCGAAUUCAGCAACACCUGGUCCCUCACCUACCUGUGCCCCACCAUCCCUCUCGACCUCUGGAACUGCAUCCGCGCCGUCGAGCUCCGCUGGGCCUUUCCAGGGCACUGGCUCCCGUCCAAAGACCCCGUCAAGACGGUGUACUUCUCCGCGGGCCGCCAGCAGUGGGUGGAGACGUGUCGGGCGCUGACGCGCAUGGCGGGUCUGCAGCGGUUCACGCUGCAGCUGAGUGGCAGCUGGUUCUGCGAGCCGGUCGAGAAGAUCCCGGUGUUUUUGGAGCCGUUGCGCGAGUUGCGGGUGAAGGGGUGUUGGAGGCUGCAGUUGCCGAGGCAGGUGUAUUAUGGGGAGGAGAUUAGGAGGGUGAGUGGGGUUUUGAGGGAGAGGGGGAUUGAGUGUUUGGUUUGUUGAGGUUAGCUGUGUUUGGGUCUGGGUUUGGGCACGUGGAGGUUUGAAGGGCUGGGGUGUUGAGGUAUUGCUUUUAUGGAGCUGGAUUUAGCGAAUUGCAUUGAGUGCUGUCUCGACUGACUUGCAUUGUUCAUAAUUUCAUGAUCUCACAUACUAUAGCAUAUCAACUUUGCAAUAGGCAUGCA